GUCGGGAAAGUUCGAGAGGGGCAUCUUUGCGCUUGCGCCGCCGCCUGACCCGGAAGAAGCGUUGAUCGUCGAAGAAGCCGGUGCUCGGCGCAGACAUGGAGGAGCUACAGAAAGAUUUGGAAGAAGUGAAGGAGCUUUUGAAAAAGGCGACAAGAAAGAGAGUGUAUGAUGUUCUGCUGGCAGAAAAAAAUAAUAUAGAGAGGGAAAUCAAGAAUCAGCUGCCACUCAAACUAAAAGCUGAAGGAUCUGAAGAAGAAAAACCAGCAGCCACAGGAUAUACAGUGAAAAUCAACAAUUAUGCAUGGGAUCAGUCUGAUAAGUUUGUGAAACUCUACGUCACAUUAAGUGGCGUUCAAGAUCUGCCAGCUGAAAAUGUUCAGGUGCACUUUACAGAAAGAUCAUUUCAUCUGCUAGUGAAAAAUUUAAACAACAAAAAUUAUACCAUGACAUUCAACAACCUUCUGAAACCAAUCUUAGCUAAAAGCAGCUCAUGGAAGAUUAAAACAGAUAUGAUCUUGAUAUUAUGUAAGAAGCAGAAAGAAGAAAAAUGGGAGUGCCUAACGCAGGUUGAAAAAGAGACUAAGGAAAAAGAGAAAGCUUCCUAUGAUACAUCUGACCCCAGUGAAGGAUUGAUGAAUCUACUAAAAAAGAUGUAUGCAGAAGGUGAUGAUGAGAUGAAAAGAACAAUUAACAAAGCAUGGGUGGAGAGCCGAGAAAAGCAAGCCAAAGAUGAUUUGCCAAUAGAUAUUUGAACAAGUGUUGAAGACUGUGCUUGCCAUUUUAAUGUACAUUUUAUAUAUGGAGGUUCUGCUGCAAUAUUGCAAUCAGAGUAAGUGUGCUGUUUAUAUAACUGUCUUCAAAGCAAAGACUACAAAACUUGUGUUUCAGAUUGGAGAUGGGAAAUAAAACAUGCUGUAAAGCAUUUUCAAAUGUG